AGCAGCGGCAGCGGCGGCCCGCAGUAGCAGGGCCGCACUGCAGCGGCAGCAGCAGGGCCGCUGUGUCCGCGGUGGGGCAGCAUUGACAACUCGUCUCCUGCGCAGGGCCGGACCCGCGCGCGUGUUGGAAGCGAAGGCGCCGCUGUGGAGUGGCCCGUGGACUCGUCUCAGGGCAGAGUCUGACCUGCAAGUCCACCACGAUCAGCAACACGAUCACCCGACACCACUGCUGCCCGAGUGCCAAGGUGACUGCUCCCGAGCCGCUGCUGCUACACACGCUGAAGCAGUCAAGAUGCAAGGAAGAUUUGCAUAUCUACUUUUGCUGUGGUCUCCCUGGCUGCUAUCUUCUGGACAAGCGGCUACCCAUUUAAUGACGAUCCCUACCGCAACCUCCACCACCACGGGGCCUCCCCUUCCACGCUUCACUGUCAACUUGGAUCUGCCGCCGUCGGAGCGGUGGAAGGAUGUCGUUGCACAUUUUGACCUUGAAAUGAUUCGGUCUCAUUCUGCCAAGAUAAUUGCGGACAAUGUUCCUGCAUGGGUGAGACCAGUUGUCAGGAAAGUGGCUCGGGAAUUGGACCGUUUUUUCCCAAUUCCCUUUGCCGAGGAAAUUCGAGGUUUAUCUUCUCUCUUGUCGAUCGACCUAGGUGACAUGGUCAUACUUAAUAUCUUCAAUGAAUUCAAAAUGUUCUGCACGAGUAUAGUGGCUCAGGACACUGCUGGGAAUAUUUACCACGCACGCAACCUCGACUACCUCUACACAGAUUUCCUGCGGAAUAUCAGCGUGGACAUCGACUUCACUCGUGACGGAAAGGUUUCGUUUACAGGGACGACAUUUGUUGGCAACGUUGGAGUGGCAAAUGGCCAGCGACCUGACAAGUUCACGCUGUCUAUCGAUGCAAGAGACGGCGGUUCAUGGUGGGAGAGUGCGAUCGAGGCUCUGCUGGGACGUGGCCACGUCGUCACCUGGCUCGUGCGCAGCACUCUGUCCACAGCCACAGACUUCAAGUCUGCUGUGGUGGCUCUCUCCCACCCCCCUCUCAUCUCAAACACGUACUUCAUCGUGGGGGGUGUGAAUCCCGGUGAGGGGGCUGUCAUCACUCGUCGCAGAGAGGCUGCCGUGGAUACUUGGUUCCUGCAGCCCCACCAGGGCAUAUGGUACCUCGUGGAGACGAACUACGAUCACUGGAAGGCUCCUCCCGCACGCGAUGAUCGACGGACUCCUGCCAUGAAAGCUCUCAACAGUACCGGCCAAACCAACAUCAACCUCCACUCACUCCUCAAGGUGCUGUCUGUGAAACCAAUUCUCAAUAACUUGACGGUGUACACGACGCUGAUGUCCGCUGCCCAGCCCCAGCGGUACCGCUCGCUAAAGCAGAUGGCCCCCUGAAGUCUCCGGCAGCCGCUGCGCGAGACGGCCACAGCGAGAUGCGGCGCGGUGAUGGUGGAGAAGAGAGGCUCCGCUACUGCAGGGACGGCGAAGGAAGGAACGUAUAAAAUGAAAGAUGCUUUUCGUUGUCGCGGGAGACGCGUGGUGACGAUGGCCUUGUUGGUGGAGGCUUGAGCAGAGUAAUUGAGGGUUGGGGUUCUGGGUGGAUGGUUAAAAACACUCAAUUUAUAACAAUAAGCGACAGCGGAGAGUAUGACAUUUGCUAAUGUUCCCAUGAGUGCAUGUUCCAGAGUCUGCACGCCGGCUUCUUGGUGACAGGGAAUUACGAAUUGCCUCUCAGCGAUAUCGUAGUAAUAAUCACGUUUACACAAUGUGACAGUUAAAGCAUACAACUGGCCAAUUCUUUUAUAAUUCUGUUAGGGUUGACAAAUCUAAACAUUGCACUGGUUUUAUUAAACUGUGAGCUGAGUAUGAUCGCUUUUGAAUAAAUUUGAAUUAUUUUCUCUCUAUCAGCAUUUUACCUCUGUAAAUUGCGACAGCUCCCCCCCUCCGCCUCCUCGGAUUAUCCGACACGCACCCCUCUCUGCCGUUACAUUUACUUACAAAUUCCAUCCCUAGCCCCGCCCACUUACCCUUGGCUGUACCCACCACAAACGGCUAUAACCCUUGGUUGUAGUCGCCCUCUCGCUACAUUUCCUCCUCAGCAGUCCGCCUGCUGUAUAUAAUUUUUUCACCCGAAGACGAUGGCUUGUGUUGCUAUCGAAGCGUCGUGAUUUAUUAGUAUUUUUUUCUACCUACGUGACUUUACCGAAAGAACCAAAGAGUACGAAUUCCUGCAGUCAUGAAAGCUUCGAAUCAAGAAGAAAUAUAAUUUUCAAAUGUUUUCAUAUAACCAGUUUUUAAACUGGCAUAUGAAUAGUUACCCAUUAGUAGCUACUGAGUAACAGACACACCCUUAAAAAUCCAAACUGUGUUAUGAAACAAAUUUGUAUGAAGAGUAAAAUGAUACAGCUGGCACGUUGCAUUAUGGGUAGGACUGCUGUAGGAAGGACAAUGCAAUGAUGCUCAGCAUUAUCACUUAGGGAUGCGUUGUUGGACCCAAUUCACAUUUCAAUAGGGUUAGAGAAGCUGUAAAGAAAUGCCACAAUCAAAGUUAUCAAAGGGACUGAAGAGCGGCUCAUACCUUCCAGAUGUACCAGUGCGCCGUGGACAACCCGGAGCGACCCAUCCCACGAGCAGCUCUCAAUCCCAAACCCAAAGUCGCACCUCAUGCGGGGGCCGGCCAAAGCCCUCAAUGCGAGCUCCUUUCUACGCCGACAGACAGUGGCGGGAAUCAUGGGACACCACCACCGUCUCGAACGAGGAACUCGCUACCGACUCCACACUCUCUCUCUCCCCAGUAGAGAGUGGUCAACCAUAAACUGUCAUUUACAGGUGUGAAUUGUUUCCUUGAGGCAGGUGCUAGCCAGUGACCCCAGAGUGUAAAGGAAUACGAGUCCUCUCCAUAUAUGCAGCUCCGAGAGGCACGAUGAGUCCUAAGGAAGAUGAAACCGGUCGAUAGUUGUCCGUUUCAAAGGUGCCUGUUGGGACGGCCACAUUUUCCCAAUGCUUUUUAGUCGGUGGACUAAACGUCCAAAUGGCCAUUCGUUAUUUUUUUGAUAUGGUGGUCUGGACGAAGAGGCUGAGAGCGGCUCUUGCACUUGCUCGCGCAACUUGCUGCGUUGUUGCGCCCUGUUGGAGUGGGCGCACGGGGAUGCAAAGCGACGGCUGGGAGAGUCCCGGCGCCGUGCCGGGAAGCAGCGCUCAGCCUCCGGGGGCUGAGGGGCAAUCCGACGUGCCCACGCGAAGCGACCGGGAAACAAUUGGCAGGGCAAUUCACGUUUACAAUAUCCUCCUGCCGCACGUUUGGAUUGUUCACAGUGGCCCAUUGAAGUUUAUUGUUCGAGUUUUACUGGAAGGUGCUAAAUCGUUGUACUCUACAGGAAUCCAACCUGUACACAAUACCUCUAAAAUCACUAUGGCCUUGCUAAAUGACAGUGUUGUGCAACGGUUGCGAACGUGACAUUCAUAAAUAGGUCGCCUACAUUUUCGCUGAGGAAACUGGGAGCCGGGUAAUGUGAAGGCUGCCCGGCUGCUGUGCCCCAUCUCGUGAGUGAAUCCAUCUGUCCGGAGCCCAGCCAGCCGGUGCGUUCUGCCCAAGGCCACGAUUUUCCUCGUGGUUUGGACGAUGCCAUCAACCAGCGUGCGUUCUCUAAUCCACGUGCUCCUAUUUCUGACUAUCCGCGUAAUUCCAAGCAUUCGUCUCCAUUCUUCUUUACACAACUAUCCAGUCUGUGUUCGAUAAGUCGUCUUUCGUUGAUGAGCGUGUUUCUGAACCAAAUGUUAUGGCGGCUUGUAAACACUGAUUAAACACGUUAUGAUUUGGGUAAAUCGCUACGUUACCCUUCAUAGCAAUGCUCUUCAUUCUGGUCUUCCGAAGAAAUUAAUAAGUAAACUGCAACCAAUUCAGAAUGCAGCGGCACGUGUUCUGACGAAAACCAGAAAGAGCACCCACGUGACACCCAUUUUACUAUCCUUGCACUGGCUGCCAGUCAGUCAAAUAAUUUAUUUAAAAAUUAUUCUAUUGGUUUUUAAGUCGUUGAAUGGUCUGCCACCUGUUUUCAAGUCUUCCAUGCUUUUUAGAUAUGAACCAACAAGAUCCAUCAGAUACUCUGGUAUUGGUCUAUUAGUCGUCCCAAAGGCCAGGACCAAACCCUAGGGAGAAGCAGCUUUUAGUGUUUACACUCCUCGCCUGUGAAGCAGCCUGCCAGGGGAUCUGAGGGCUUCAGAAUAAUUAAGCACUUUUAAAAUAAAUCUAAAAACUUA